AUGGCUUGCCUUUUUGUUGCAGCAAAGGCAAUUAGUGUGUGCUUCGCGUGUAGCUUGCCCUUCAUUAGAAACACUACGAGAUGCAAGAUCUGUAAUGCUAUCAAGGCUGGCAAAAAUGUCUACGAAAAUGUCAAAAAAUUGAAAGCAAUGUUUCCCAAUGCAAAUAUUGACAAACUGGUUAAGAACAUCCGCAAAGGCAAAAAAGGCAAAAAUAACAAUUCUUCCAAGCGCAAACCUGUUGCGAAAGGGAAAAAGAAGAAGAAUGUUAAAGGCCGCAAAUACCGUCGCCUUUAG